ACCUCAACCUCCUCUAAGCUGAAGCUCCCAUAUGCCAACACGACACCUCCUCGGCCUCACAACCCUCCCAAUACAUAUCCCCGUCGUGGCCCAUCGCUAUAAUGUCUAACCCUCCACCCAUUGUCCUCGACGGAGGCACCGGUUUCCUCAAGGUCGGAUAUGCCGCGCAGAACUUCCCCGAGCAUCAAUACCCCUCCAUCGUAGGCCGGCCGAUCCUUCGUGCUGAGGAGCAGACCGAUAGCGAUGUUGUCAUCAAGGAUAUCAUGUGUGGUGACGAAGCUGCCGCCGCGAGGACAAUGCUCCAGAUUAGCUACCCCAUGGAGAACGGCAUCGUCAAGAAGUGGGACGAUAUGGAACAUCUUUGGGAUUAUACCUUCUACGAGAAGCUCAAGGUCGAUCCUACGGGCCAGAAGAUCCUCUUGACGGAGCCUCCUAUGAACCCUCUUAAGAACCGAGAGAAGAUGUGCGAGGUUAUGUUUGAUAGAUAUAAUUUUGGCGGUGUCUACGUCGCCAUCCAGGCCGUUCUGGCUCUAUACGCUCAAGGUCUUAGCUCCGGUGUCGUAGUCGACUCUGGUGAUGGUGUCACACACAUUGUGCCCGUCUACGAAUCCGUGGUCCUCAACCACCUCACGAAGCGAUUAGACGUUGCCGGCCGAGACGUCACGCGCAACCUUAUCAAGCUGCUGCUGCGCCGCGGCUACCCUCUCAACCGAACCGCCGAUUUCGAGACCGUCCGCCAGAUCAAGGAGAAGCUAUGCUACGUGUCAUACGACCUCGAGCUCGACAAGCGCCUGAGCGAGGACACCACUGUGCUCGUCGAGGAUUACACCCUGCCGGACGGACGUGUGAUCCGCGUUGGCAGCGAGCGUUUCGAAGCGCCCGAGUGUCUUUUCCAGCCUCACCUCGUCGACAGCGAAUCUCCCGGUCUGGGCGAAUUCCUCUUCAACACCAUCCAAUCAGCCGACGUUGAUAUCCGCUCGUCUCUGUUCAAGGCUAUUGUUCUGUCUGGUGGUAGCAGCAUGUAUCCUGGUCUUCCAUCGCGAUUGGAGAAGGAGCUCAAGCAGCUAUGGCUCACACGAGCGCUGCAGGGCAACCCUGAGCGUUUGAGCAAGUUCAAGGUGCGGAUAGAAGAUCCUCCGCGACGUCGACACAUGGUGUUCCUUGGUGGAGCGGUGCUGGCCAACAUUAUGGCGGACAAGGAGAGUAUGUGGGUUACCAAGGCGGAGUGGGAGGAGGAGGGUACUAGGGUGCUUGAGAAACUGGGACCGCGAUAAGAGAGAGUCUCUGAGCGUUUGUUAGAGGGGAUAGUAUUUUGCGUUCAAGUUAGUUUGUGGUAGACAGCAAGAAAAGACGUUAUGAAGACCAUGUUACCUUUAUUAGGGGGGUCUCAUUUCUUUGUCGAUACCAAUUAAGCUAAUUAGCCAUUUCAGACGGCUUUCAAUGAUAAGACCAUUGAGAGCGA